UUUUGUCUCCGGCUGCUCUUCUCGCUCAUCUCGCUAAAAAAUAAUUCGCAUUUUCACAAAUUGGUUUGAAAAUUGAAAAUUGACAAAAUUUAAUGCGCGUUCAUGGGGCGGAGGCGGAGCUGAUCAAAAUUAAAGUAAAAGAGCUGAAAGUGACGGAUGAGCCGGAAAUCUAGUUUCAAUACAUGAAAUUCCAUCUCUCUCUCCUGUCCUACCGAUGUUGAUACGAUGGUAAUCAUACAAGAACAAGAAACCCGUCAUUGGAUGAGUUUGAUAUACAAGUUUCUCUCAAAAUUUGCCUGGCUGGCUGACAGUUUUGUUUUGGACUUUUACGAGAAAAGUCACUGGAAUAUGUUACCUCUGUCUUGCCAAGAUUUUUUACCAACCUUGAAAUCUCACGAUUUAGCAGAUUUACUGGAUUUCAACAGUAUUUCGAAUAAACAUGGAUGGGAAGCCUCGCUUAAAAGAAAGCAAAUUCCUCCCCUUAAUUUACUCGCGUUGAGAUCUACAGUAAAGCUGCUCUCAUUAAACAGACGACUUGUUAUCGAUGGGCAGAAUGACGAGAAGAGUGACGAUUACGUCGAUGAAUUCAAAACUCUCUUUAGUCGACAUGUGAAACCGAAAAAGCGUCAUGAAAUCAUCUCCUUUUGCUCAGUCGUUUCCAAAAUGUGCAACUCAUCUUCCACCUCGCACAUUUUCGACGUGGGGUCAGGAUUAGGUCAUCUCUCGAGAUAUUUGAGCUACGGCUGCUCUCUGAAUUUAACAUGUAUCGAUUGUGUCAAUAAAUUCGGAGAAUCUGCAACAAAAUUCGAUUCAGAGUUGGAAUCAUUUCUCACCAAGAGGAAAGCAGGAUCGCAUAGCAGACCACCGAUCCAUAUAUGUGCCCGAUUAGAGCUGAAUAAACAUGAGAAAGAGUUACAACUUCAAGACGAGAAUUUUGGCAUUGUGGGUCUCCACUCUUGUGGCAACUUGGGUCCUGUGAUAAUUCACAAUUAUGUAAAUUCUCCAGCCAAGUUUGCCCUCUCGGUGGGAUGCUGUUGGCAAAAAAUGGAUGGGAAUGGGUUUCCACUGAGUAAAUACGGGACGGAGAAGGAAUUUAGAUUAAGCUAUGAAGCCUUGGAGGUUGCAUGCCAUGCCAUUGAACAGUAUUGCGAAAGACUGAGGGGUGACCAUGUGGGGAAAUUGAUGAUUCAUGCUUAUCGCGCCGCAUUGGAAACCAUACUUGUUCAGAAGUUUGGAAUUCAGAGGGCUGGAUUGAAAGGGGUUAAACAUGCGGAAAGAAUAUCAUUUUGCGAAUAUGCUCAUCAAGCCGUGAAAAAUUUGGAUAUUAACUUAUCAGACGAUAGCCUUAAGACUGAAGAAAUUGAUAAAAUGCUUAAAGACUGGUUUAAGGUAGUCUUAUUUUUCUCAUUGAGACAACUCGUGGCGAAUGUUGUCGAAACGCUGGUGAUUUUGGAUAGGUCUCUUUUCAUAAAAGAAAACCUUCCCGACGCUCAUGUCCAAAUUGUAGCGUUAUUCGAUCCAGAAAUUAGCCCAAGAAAUCUUGCAAUUAUAAGUGAAAGGUGAUGAAAGUUUCCGGAAUAAUUAAUUCGUUUACAAGAAUAACAAUUUUAUUAAUUUUUCUAAAUGCUAUUUAAUCGUCAAAUCGUAUAAACAUUACUUGUUCUCUGGUUAAAAUUGUUUAAAAAGUCGAAGACGUUGAAUCAAUAAAAAUCUCACUGCGUACAUAGCAC